AUGUUGUUAAAAUCAAUCCUUUUAGUUUUCUUUGUAUCUAGUGUAAUCGCAGAUAUAAACUACCCCACAGUCACUGUCAACGGCAAUCAAGAUAUUCGAGGUGCAUACUUGGCCAAUGGUACUGUAGAGUCGUUUCGUGGGAUUCCGUUUGGACAGCCGCCGAUUGGCGAGCUCAGUUUCCGACGGCCAGUGGCAUUCAACGGGUCAUAUGCCGGAUUCAACGCUACAGAUUUCGGGUACGACUGUCCUGCACCCGACAUUUUGUCAAGCAAUUCUGGGCUCAGCAGUGCUGUAAUGCAGUACUCUGGGUAUCUUGCGCCAGAACUCAAACUAGGGCUGGCGAAAAUUCUUAUUAGUGGAGCCAAGGGCGACGACUGCUUAAACUUGAAUGUAUUUCGACCAGCAAAUACAACGGCCAAAGAUAAAUUGCCCGUGCUGGUGUGGAUCUACGGCGGAGCAUUCAUCUUUGGUGGAAGUAGCUCGUACAAGGGCGAAGUGUAUGUGGGCGAAAGCUUACAGAUGCAGAUGCCCAUGAUUUACGUGUCUAUCAACUACCGGCUAGGGCCCUGGGGGUUUUUGGGCGGCAGGGAAGCUGCAGAAGAUGGCAAUACUAAUGCCGGAUUGCUGGACCAGCGAUUAGCACUGGAAUGGGUACAAGACCACAUUGGUGAGUUUGGCGGAGACCCGCAGCGUGUUACGAUUGCAGGUGAAAGUGCUGGAGCCAUGAGCUGCGCGCACCAAAUGGUGAUGAAUGACGGGGACCAUACCUACAAGGGGAGCCCGCUUUUUUCUAGCGUCAUUAUGCAAAGCGGCGGAGUAUUACCGGUUAACAAUGUAAGUUCAAGCUGGCCUCAGAAAGCGUUUGACACGGUGAUUAAUGGGGUUGGAUGUGACGGAGCCGACGACAAGAUUGCUUGUUUGCGGACGAAAAACACGACGGAGGUGACCAAGGCAUCGUCCGGAGUGUCAAUGGUAGAUGCGUUUUUGGGCUUUAGUCCGCACCCGGAUGGUGACGUGAUUUCCAGCAAUACUUUUGAACUAUUUCGUAAAGGCAAGUUUGCCAAAGUACCGUACAUUACGGGCAACCAAGAAGACGAGGGGACGUUGUUCACGUCUCUGUUUUCCAACUACACAAGCGAAGCUCAGGUGAUUGGAUUGUUUCAGAGCUUUUUCCCGGACGCAUCUGCUGAUGAGGUGGCGGCGCUAGUGGCAUAUUAUCCAGAGAACCCAGCUGCCGGGUCACCGUUCCGGACAGCAUUGUUGAAUGCGCAGACUCCACAGUACAAGCGAAUUUCUGCGUUUUUAUGUGACUUGUUGUUCCAAUCACCGCGACGUCUAAUGCUUGAAAAUACGCCUAGUGACGUGCCCGUAUACUCAUAUUUGUCGUCGACUGGGUUCGGGACUCCAUACUUGGGGACGUUCCAUGCAGUAGACUUGGUAUGGCAAUAUACGUUGGAUUUUGGUCCGUCUAAGGUGUACAAACGGUACUGGAUUUCAUUUGCACAUUCUGGGACGCCCAACAACGGAACGGGACUGCCAUAUUGGCCAGAGUAUAGGCAGGCAGAGAAUGACCGGAACUUGCUUGGAAUCAAUGUGGCGACGCUUGGGCUUGUUGAAGAUAGUUUCCGAGAGGAUGGCAUUGGGUUGUUGAAAAAUAGUACUAGUUUGCAAGUGUGA